UCAAAUUGAUUUUUUUGGUAUUCUUUAAAACUGACCUUAGCUUGGGAUGUGUGUGGGUUUCAAUUUAAGUCAAUUCCCCUUGACUGACUGGUCCAAUCACAAGCUUUAAUGUUUAUAUUAAUGCAUCUCAUGUGAAAGCAGUGAAACAAAUUAUUUUCUGAAUAAACAGUGAAAUGUAGGCGGGAAAAAAGGGGAAAAUAGCGCAGCUUAUUAAAAGCAGAGCUGAGAAAUAAUGUACACAACAUACAGGAAACCGGGUUUCACAACUCUUCGGGUGAUGACAGUUGCAAGAGAAAGUCAUAAUGCCCACUGACAAAACUUAGGAUACCCUCCCUAUACUCUGUCUGUUGACUUAUUAACACUUGAUUUAUGCAACAGUGCUUUUCAUGAUAUUUUUUGCAGUUUAAUGUUCACCAGUCAAUUCCCACAUUACAAUGUGUGAAGAAAUGCCAUUGGAGAGAAGUGAAGAAAUGCCAGUAUGCUCGAGCAUCCUGAGAAACAUCUCGUUUGAGUUACGUAAACGGUUUGUGUAUUUGAGCUCUGUUGAACAGUGUGCCUGGCCUUUACCAUCCUGUUUUAUGUCGCUUUCUGUCUCAUCCUUUCGUGUCGGUAGGGAUGCUGUGAAAAUGCCAUUGCGUUGCUUCCUCCCUUGGUUGCUGUGCUUCACCAUGGACCUGGCAUUUGGAGCCACCGGCUACGUCCGCCAUGUGCAGUGCACAUUGUCACAGAGAACUGCUCUAUGCAGUGGGAGUAAACUGUCGUCUGUGCCAGUGGACCUUCCGGGCAGCACUGAAGAACUACAGCUGAACAACAACAGCAUAAAACAACUGAAAAACUCCUGUCUUGUUGGAUACCCUCAUUUACGUGUCCUCAGCCUUGUUAGCAAUGGCAUGGAAGUCAUCGAGACAGAAGUGUUCGUUCACAGUCGUCAUGUGGAGAACCUUAGCUUGGCCGAUAACAGCCUUUAUCUGGCCUAUCAGCAGACCGGCGAGGCUCUGUCAGCCUUGUCCCAGUUGAAAGUCUUGGACCUAUCAGGGAAUGGGCUGGCGGAGGACAUGGUCCCCUUCCUGCUACAGAACAUGACUUCUCUGGAGUAUCUGUCCCUCUCCAGAAAUAUUCUGUUGAGAUUGGAUCAGACCAUCUUCCAUCAUCUUUAUCAGCUGAAGGAGUUGAACCUAGAGAGGAACCAGCUGUUUGAGAUUGAAGAGGGGGCAUUUGACAACUUGCAGAAGCUGCAGAGACUCAAUAUGGCCUUCAACAACUUGCCAUGCCUGGUAGGAUUUCAGCUUACUAAACUGGUUGUACUGAAUGCCAGUCAUAACGCUAUUGAGUGGUUCAUAUCCAAUCAAGAUGUGGAAGAUACCUUCCACCUGGAGACUCUGGAUCUUCGAGAUAACAAGCUUAUAUUCUUUCCUUUUCUGCCAAGCCGUAGCUACCUUCAGAAUUUGUUAUUGUCAGGAAAUAAGGUGAGCUUUUAUCAGCACCUUGCAUACAACAGUUCUUCUAACUGGACCACCACUGUCCAAUUUUACAACCUCAACAGCAACAUGAGCACUGUAACAGCAAGCCUGUGGGAUGAAAGUCUGCAUGGAGACAUGUCUUCAUUGGAUCUACUAGACUUGAGUGUGAAUCAGGUGACAUAUCUCCCUCACGGAUUCUUUAGUCAAAUGCCAAAUUUGUCAAGACUGAAACUGGGAACCAACUGUUUGGAGACCUUCAGCUUAACCUCUGAAGGGAUGUCAUCUUCUCUGUAUGAGCUAGAUGUGAGCAAUAACAAGUUAACUGUCCUCCAAGUUAACCAAAGCUCUUUGGAUAUGCUAGGAAAUCUGGAACAUCUCAACCUGAGCUUAAACAACUUGCAGAAACUCCCUCGGAGACUGUUUGCAAGUCUACCUAAUCUUUCAGUGGUGGACCUCAGCCGCAACAAGGUGGCCAUCUGCUCCCUGGAGGAGCAGAGUGCAGGUACAGAGUAUUCAGACUGUGUGGUGUUAAGGAAUAUCAGCUCUUUGAGACAACUCUAUCUCAGGGAUUGCAGCUUGGGACAGUUGCCAUCCAUGGCUUUUGAAGGGACGCCGUUAACGCACUUGGAGCUGUCAGGCAACACAGGAGUAAUAAUAAAGGAGGACUCCAUGACCGGUAUUAGCCAAACAUUGAAGUACUUGGGUUUGGGAGGUAUUCAUUCUUUAAAUGUUGACUUCAGUCAGUUUGUAUGUUUGCAUUCAUUAGACAUUUCUGCAAACUCAUUAUCCCUCCUCCCAGAUUCCCUACUUAGGCUCAGCCUGAGGUGGCUGGACCUGCAUGACAACCACCUUCAGACCAUCCCAGUAAGCCAAGCUCAGAUCCUGAGUUACAGCAUCAAUACUCUUUUCCUUGGAGGAAACCCUUUCAACUGCUGCCAGCUGGACUGGUUGAGAACGUUUGAAGAGGCGAAUACUGUGAUUAUCGAAGACCUGGCCUCACUGACAUGCUUCACUGACCUGGGCAGGGAGCAGAGGCUAAGCAUUAGGGGACUAGACAUGUGCGGAGGUGUUGAUGAGGAAUCCAGCUGGUGGUAUGUCCUCCUCCUGCUCCCGGCAUUUCUCUCCUUGCUGGGGGUGGCCAUCAUCUUUUUUGUCACCUUCAGGCCUAACCAGCUGCCUCGGGAAAUCAAAAGGAGAUGCUGGAGGCCCACUCCAUACUAGCACUGAGCACAGAACAGUUCACAUGUGCCACAGAAGAUGUGUUUCUAUGGACAUUAAUUUUUCCAUUGCAUAAGUGAUCAAAAUGUGACAAUUAUGGUGUGAAACAAAAGGGUAAAGAACUGUGUCAGAUCUCAUACAGCGAGUUUCUGCAAUGUUGUCCUCAGGCGCUCUUUUCUAAAACAUCAUCAGUGUCUUUUGUUCUAUUUACUUACUAUAUCAGGCACAUAAGCUCACAGCAGGCACUGCAGGAUGAUGCCGGAUAUUAUGAAGAUGCUCGUACGCUUAUUUUUAAAGCCAUUUCCGAUGGCAAUAAAGCAUUGACCAGAGGGUUUCCUAAAAUCUUAUGACACAAACAAUUGCUGUUUCUGGACCUAAAGCAUGUGAUUCCUGCAGUGUUGGUUCCGGAAGCUUUGUGAUCACGUGCCCAGGGUUUGGGUUGGUUUGCAAAAUGUCAACAGCAUUGCGAGGUCAGGCUUCUCUUAAAAAAGGCAAAGCAUGAAAUUUCCUGUUUUUGGCAAGUCUGUCAACAACUAUCCAGAUACAGUAUCUUCUCACAGUCUAUGGGCUUUAGGUGUCUUCUAGCUGUACUGGAAUCAGAGUGCACAAUGAGUCCAGAACUGUUUAUUCCUGCUGAGCUCUGUUUAAUAGAUGGUUUCAGCCUACGUUGACUAAAACAUCCUUCUAAGCCUUUACUAAGACUGCAGACCAAGUUAUCAAUGUUUACACACUUAGCUGCAUAUGAACAUGUGCCACGAUGUGUUUUUUGCCCUUCAGUCAUUGAUCCUAAUUCUCAUUGAUUAAUAAACUAAGGACUCU